AUGAUAGGUAGAAAAGAAUCCUGUGCUCCAGGACAGUUACCAAUGACCAGCCUCAACUGCCUUUUCUAUGCACUGGAAGAAUGGACUGUUGUGGAGUUCCUGAAGAAAUACCUUUUUCAUCUGAUCAUUGCCUCACUGACAAUUAGUGCAAUAUUAGUUUUUUUUAUAGUUCCUUUAGCAAUCGUCUUUUUCAUUUAUCUUACUAAUAUUUUGCUUUUAAUAUAUCAGAGGAACAAUGAGUUAAAAGCAGAUCCCUUGAGUGAUGUUUGGAAUAGUGUAAGAAAAACUAUAGCAAGCUUUUGGGAUAUAUAUGCAAGAAUAUGGCAUGGUUAUGAGCUUCAUGGUGUGAAAAACCUCCCAGAAGGACCAGGCAUUCUUGUGUAUUACCAUGGAGCUAUUCCUAUAGACUACCUUUACUUUUUGUCUAGACUCUUUCUGUGGAAGAAAAGACUUUGCCUGUCAGUAGCUGAUCAUUUUGUGUUUCGUUUACCAGGACUUAGAUUAUUGUUGGGAGUGACUGGUGUCAUACCAGGUACGAGGGAGGAGUGCCUGGUUGCCCUGAAGAAUGGAUACUUGGUGUCCAUCUCACCGGGUGGAGUUCGAGAAGCUCUGUUCAGCGAUGAAAGUUAUCAGCUCAUGUGGGGAAAUCGAAAAGGCUUUGCUCAGGUCGCUCUAGAAGCAAAAGUGCCCAUCAUUCCAAUGUAUACUCAAAAUGUCCGUGAAGGCUAUAGGAUGUUCAAAGAAAGAAGAUUUUUUAGACAGUUAUAUGAAAGCACUCGAUUGCCUUUUACCCCUCCAUACGGAGGACUUCCAGUUAAAUUUCGCACAUACAUUGGGAAGCCAAUCCCUUACGAUCCUAAUAUAACUGCAGAGGAAUUAGCUGAAAAGACAAAGACUGCUGUCCAGGCUCUCAUAACCAAGCACCAAACAAUCCCAGGCAACAUAUGGAAGGCUUUACUGGAGAGAUUUGAUAAACAUCGUAAAAGUGAUUAG